AUGGAAACGGAGACCAGAAGUCAAGAAACUACCAAGAAUCCUAGUUUGAUCUGUGCUCCAGUGAUGGCGGAUUCAAUAGACAAGAUGGUGACUGAAACUUGCAAAGCACGUGAACUAGGUGCAGAUUUGGUGGAAAUUCAGUUACACACUCUCAAGGAAUUCAACCCUCUUGAGGAUCUGAAAACAAUCAUAAAAAAAUCUCCUCUUCCCACUAUAUUCACCUACAGACCAAAAUGGGAAGGUGAUGAUAAUGAGCGGUUGCAUGUGCUCCGUUUGGCCAUGGAACUAGGAGCUGAUUGCAUUGAUGUUGACCUUCAGGUUGCAAGGGAGUUCAUCAAAUCUAUUAAAGGAAAGAAGCCUAAAAAAUUUAGAGUCAUUGUUUCAUCACACAACUAUCAGAAUACCCCUUCUGUUGAGGAUCUGAGUGAACUUGCUGUAAGAAUACAACAAGCUGGAGCCGACAUAGUGAAAAUUGUUACUACUGCUUUAGACAUCACAGAUGUUGCUCGCAUGUUCCAUUUAACUUCAAAUUUUCAGGCUCCCAUUAUAGGACUUGUUAUGGGAGAAAGAGGUCUAAUGUCACGGAUUCUUUGUUCCAAGUUUGGUGGAUAUAUGACCUUUGGGACCUUGGAAUCUGGAAAAGAUUCUGUACCUGGUCAUCAACCAACGAUCAAGGAGCUUUUGGAUCUUUACAACUUUAGAAGAAUUGGUCCUGACACUAAAGUUUAUGGAGUUAUAGGCCAGCCUGUUAGUCACAGUAAAUCACCUAUUGUCCACAACCAAGCUUUCAAAUUAAUUGGUUUUAAUGGAGUAUAUCUACACCUAUUAGUUGAUGAUGUUGCUAGCUUUCUCAAAACAUACUCAUCCUCUGAUUUUGCUGGAUUCAGCUGUGCAAUUCCGCACAAAGAAGCUGCAUUGAAAUGUUGUGAUGAAGUUGAUCCAUUGGCAAAGUCUAUAGGAGCUGUGAACACUAUACUAAGGAGAAAAAACGAUGGAAAGUUGUUUGGUUACAACACGGAUUGUAUUGGUUCCAUUUCUGCUAUUGAAGAUGGUCUUCGAAGCUCGUCAAGUGAUCAGAGCAGUGUACAUUGUACAUCUUCUUCGCCAUUAGCCGGUAAAACAGUGGUGGUUAUUGGUGCUGGUGGAGCAGGGAAGGCAGUUGCUUAUGGUGCAAAAGUCAAGGGCGCCAAAGUUGUUAUUGCUAACCGAACUUUUGAACGAGCACUAGAACUAGCGGAAGCAAUUGGAGGGAGAGCGUUAUCUCUAGAGGAAUUAGAUAGCUUCCAUGCAGAAGAAGGCAUGGUUUUGGCCAACACAACUUCUAUAGGAAUGCAACCAAAUGUUGAUGAGACACCCAUUUCAAAGGAUGCAUUGAAGCACUACGCACUAGUAUUUGAUGCGGUGUAUACACCAAGAAACACACGACUGUUGAGGGAAGCAGAAGAAUGUGGAGCAACAACAGUGUCGGGAGCAGAGAUGUUUGUGAGGCAGGCUUACGAGCAGUUUGAGAUUUUCACCGGUUUGCCCGCUCCAAAGGAACUCUACUGGAAAAUCAUGUCAAAGUACUAA